UUGAAUUUUUUAUUAUUAUUUGUAAAACAGUAUAAAAUUGAGUCAAAUUAAAGUUACAAAUUUAUGUUGAUUUAAAAAUACUUACACGCAACAACGGCUUUCCAUUACUGCACGAAUGGAAAAGACUGGCAGCAACCGUUUGCCAUUCUUUUGUAAACGUGCACAUAACGUCGACGGCCAACGAGCUAGCCAGUAUUUGUCGUUGGAGAGAAAUUGGGCAGGAAAAAUAUUCUCGCCGCCGGUUAGAGUCUGCAGUAGGUACCAUCGAAGCAAAUUUACAAAAAUCUGUGGCUACAUCAUGUACAGACUAGCAGCAAUUGAGUGCAAGAGUGCGAUGCAGCGCACUCUGGCUCCAACCAGCAGCAGACAAUACAGCAGCAACAACAAAAGUCACAGUGGUAAUGGACAACAGCAAAAUCAACAACAGGAACAGCACCAAAAACGGCAUAGAGGCAGCUUGCCCCCGCCUCUAAAUGCACGCGAAGCCGGCUUCGGCAAAGUGAUGCUUCUAUUGGGCCCACUGGCUAUAGUCGGCGGCGUUAUCACCUAUUCCAAAUACGAUGUUAAUUUCCGCAAAUUGGUUGAGAACAAUGUGCCUGGUGCCGAAACGGUGAUUAAAGUGGCACUGCUGGAGGAGCCACCGUUCCAGGGCAUCACCAAAAGUGUCAACGAUAAACUUGAUGUAGUAAAAUCUACCUUUAAUAGCGUUUCGGACUCGGUUAGCUCAGCUUCCAAUAAAGUAACUGGUUUAUUCGGCGGCAAAAAAAGUCAACCAAUGCAGGCUGCAGCGAAGAAACAAAGCGACGCGGCGGCACAAAAAUCAGAAAGCUUAAAGCCAGCUGAUCCAGCUCCACAAGUUGCCAGUAAGGAAAUAACUUCAGUCACCAAAUCGGACGCUGCACCGCCACCAGCAAAACCUUCUGCACCAAAAGCUCAUCCGUUGCCACAUGAAGUCGUGGAACUUGAGAAGGCAAUCGAGCUUUCGGCUCAGUUGGCGAUUAAGGAGUAUAAUGCUGCUAUUGGAAUUCUUAAGGCUUUCAAUGAGGAUGUCCGUCGGGUGGUGGAUAAGGCAGUGGAACAUGGCGAGAAUUCACUUUGGGCAACAUUGAAGAACCGCGCAACUGCAAGAGAUUCAGCAGUAUCAUUGGCGGAGCGUGCGGCCCGUGAAGCACAGGAUAAGAUUGAGCGUUGUGAGAUCGCUUUGAGUAAAGCAGCAACUGCGAAAAACCAAGAGAAGGUGGAGCAAGUGCGAAAUAACAUUAAGAAGCUUGUGGCACACAUCAGUAGAGUCAGAGAUGAGCUGUAUAGGGAGAAAGAUACAGCCAGCGUAUCUGAUAAAUAUUGGCGCAGUGUCGAACAGGCUCGCAGCUAUUUCAUUGAUGAAAUUGAGUCUAUUUUCCCGGGCAUCAACCUGUCGGAAAAGAAAUUAAGCUUAUCGAAAGAAGAUUUGGAUUUGUUCAUACUGCAUGCCUAUUCACAUGUAGUGGCUUACCAAAAGGAGCUGCAGCGCUUGCAAACCGACGGCGAGUUGCGUCUCAAGCGUGCGAUUGAUUCCUUGCGAGGCGACAAUAGCUCUGAGGCUUUGCGUGCCCAGCUUGAAUACCAUUUGGAGGCAGAGAAGCGCAAGCUGGCGGUGGAAAAUCAAAAAAAGAUAUUCAAAAUCCAUGCCGAGGCAGACAAGCAAUUGCGUAUGCAGCUUAAGAAACAGACGGAAGCGCAUACUGAUCAUAUUAAGGACGUAAUUGCGCAGCGAGAAACGGAUAUGACGCGCAAAUUCCAGCACGAAAUGGACGACAAAUUAGCAGCUGAAAAGGCCAACUAUAAACUUCAACUCUCUGCUAUGCUUGGCAAGCUACGCGGAAUGGAUGCUGCACUGUCUGAACGCGCCGAAACUGAGCGUUCUGCAAACCAGGCGCAAGCUUUGUGGGCUGCCUGCCAAGCCCUGUGGGCUUCUGUGCGCACUGCCACGCCCGGCGUACACUACAAGGACAAAUUGCGACCACUUAGGAACGAAAUCAAUGCAAUUUCCAAAGUGGCUGAGGGCGACGAACUAGUGAUUGCUGUGUUGGAGAACAUGCCGAAGGAGGCUCAGGAGCGUGGAGUAUUUCCAGAGGAUGCGCUACGUGAGCGGUUCCUGAAUGUUGAGCGCAUUGCGCGACGUUUAGCGAUGGUGCCCGAAAAUGGUGGAAGCAUUCCCAUUUACUUCCUCUCAUUUCUGCAAUCCCUUUUCAUUUUACGGCCAGAUAAUCCUGUUUCGAGUGAUGAGCUAGAGAACAAACCGUUUGAUUAUAGCAAAUUGGACACCUAUGAUAUAUUGAAUCGAGCCAGGUACCAUGUUGACCGUGGGGAUUUCCUGCAGGCGCUUAAAUACUUAAACCUACUGCAGGGCGCUCCUCGCCAAGUGGCUAAUGACUGGAUGAAAGAGACUCGUCUCAUGCUCGAGACACAGCAGGCAGCAAAUACGUUGAUGGCGCACGCCGCGGCGAGCGGCUUAAUGUAUUUGUAAACUAUGUUCCCUACCAAGUCGACCGUUUAGUUUUCAACAAUUUGUUUUAUUUUUAAUUCAAAAAAAUGCACUUCUUAAAAACAUGGAUUGUAAAAA